AUGAUUUCAAUGCAUAAUAUAGAGGACACAACGUCCCUUAAUCGGAUAUCCAGUGAUGAGGAUGAAUAUUUAGAAAGUCCGUUAAACAUUCAGAAGGUUCAAGAGAUCGAAUAACAAAGUCUUUAAUAAUGUGAUGAGGAAGUGCCAAUCAGCGAAACACCAAUAGAGAGAAGUUUCAACAGACACAUUGAUGAGAGAAUAAACGAUACUGCGGUGUUGCAAAAUCAUGCGAAUGAAAUCACAUAAAAGAUUAUGAAAAAUGUUAAGUGUGCAUUUUAAAGGGAAAUUAUAAAGGAACUAGUAUCUAAAUCGAAGAAAAGAUUUAAAUUGGAUGGUUUUAAUUUGGAUUUGACUUAUGUUACUGAUAGUCUGAUUGCAAUGGGAUUUCCUGCGGAGAAUUUUGAGGCUAUCUAUCGAAAUUCCAUGUCUGAAGUCUAAAAAUUCUUAAAUACACGUCAUCCCAGCAAUUAUAUGGUCAUAAAUUUAUGUUCAGAAAGAAAGUAUAAGCACGAAUCAUUCUUUAAAGUGGCUGAAUUUCCCUUUGAUGAUCAUCAGGCACCUCCUUUCACUCUGAUAGUUGAUUUCUGUACAGCAGUGCACGAUUGGCUGACAUAAGAUCCAAAUCAUGUGAUUGCAGUUCAUUGCAAGGCUGGUAAAGGGAGAACAGGAGUGAUGAUUUGCUGCUAUUUGCUGUACAGUGGUAAGUACACAUCAAGUCAAGAUGCCUUGGCUUAUUAUGGAUUAGUUCGAACUUUGAAUUAGAAAGGCGUUACCAUUCCCAGUUAGAUUAGGUAUGUGCAUUAUUUUAGUUUUGCCUUGAAAAACGAUUUAAUCAAGAGACCAUUUCUGCAGGUCGAGUUGCUUUCAGUUCGUUUGGUUGGUUCAGCUCAUGGAUCUUUGAUUCGAUUGCAGAACAACAGCAAAUAAUUGAUAGAAAAGGCUUAGAUUAUUUCGGAGAAGGAAAUCAUUUUUACUUUUGAUGGCAUAUAUCUUCAAGGAGACGUUCUAUUAUAAAUAUUCUAAAAAUCAAUUGUCUCGGAAUCAAAAAUCUUACAAAUUUGGUUCAAUACAAACUUUGUCUCUCUAUCCCCAAACGAAUAGGUAUUUAAAGCCUCCGAAAUUGACAUUAUGAAGAAAUCAAAAAAGAAACACUCCUCGAACAUGCAAUUAGAGUUGUUACUGAAUAAAACAGUAGAAAUCAGACAAAGAUCAAAUUGUUUUUCUAAAGGUAUAUGA